AUGAGCUUUGAAUACAAAAACUCGGAGAAAGUCCUACGGGAACUCGUCGACAUUGAUGGCCACCUGACCCUCCAGGACCGAAAGGAGCUGGCCAGUGCCAUUGGCCGGGCUGAAAUGAACGCCCUGACGUUUGACUGGGGAGGAACCGUGGCCGCCUUCUCGGGGUUCAUCUACCUCUACAAGUACAAGCCCCAGAAGUAUCUCGGCACUCCCGGCAAAAAGAUUGCCACCUACGGUACUCUGAUCCUCGGAGGAAUGCUCAUCAGCGCCGGAUCACACGUUUACUUUGCCUCCAACCUGGUGAAGCAGUUUGAAGGAAAAGAGUACCCCUACAAGGCCGCACAGCUCGUAGCCACCUCAAAUCUGGCCCUGUGGUGGGCCUACUACAAGAUGACCGCCGAGGAGCCCCAGAACUCGUUGUCCAACCCCAAGAUGCUGCAAAACAUGGAGGAGCGUCUCAACCUCAAGAAGGGCACCCUGACCUCUCUGCCCCCCACCCAGAACCAGAUGGCGCUGCCCAAGACGGAACAGGACAAGCAGAACGACGAGUCCAAGGACGAGCGGCCGUGGAACAAGCUGGCCAGCGACUCUUUUGGCAACUCCAAGGACGACAUCUGGGGAGAGGAGCCCGAGAAGGUCGAGGAGUCCGACACCCCUCUGACCAAGUCGUGGGACGAUAUCCGAAAGGAUGCAGGCGUCAAGCAGGGCACCUGGAACAGACCCGCCGCUGCUCCCACUCCCAACAAGGACGCUGGUAUUCCUCAGAUUCCCAUUUCCGAGAGACCCAACGCUUCUUCCGAUAGCGAUGGCCAGGGUCUUGGACUUGCCCAGGCUGAGUUUGACCGACAGCUCGAUCUGGAGCGACAGGGAUACAAGUCCACCGACGAUUUCUCCGAGAGCGAGAAGAAGUGGAAGUAG